UCAAAGUCACCACUCAGAGCGCCAGCACAAACGUCCGUGCGCGCGGCGCCGACGUUUAGUGAAUAUUAUAAUCAGCUGUAUGCUUUCGCCAUCCUGGGAUGACUCAGACACCAGCGCUGCGCUGGCAAACGGGCUUUCUUGAACGUCGUUACUGGCAAAGGCCCCGCAGUCUCUUUUUAGAGCGCGCCAAGACGUCACUGCAUGCAUAAUUUUGGUCUCAUAGUCAACUCGCGUGAUCUCUAUCAACAUUACCCUGUUUCUGAUAGUCCUUUAGCCAGUCGAACCAAGCAAAGAGUCGAUACCAAAGGAUGCCGCCCAAGAACAGGGACUUCAAGGCUAAGGCCAAGUCAAAGCCUUCGAAUCCGCAGUCCGAAGUUGAGUACUUGGAGGCGGCAGACGAAUUUGAACAGGCUGCGGGCAAAUGGCGAGCUGGAGACGCGGCCAAGUCAGCGAGGUUUUUUCAGCGAGCAGUUCAGGUGUACGAUGAGGGACUAGCAAAGUUUCCGCAAAGUUUUGAUCUGGCAUAUAACAAGGCUCAUCUUGAAUACCAGGCUUGCGAAGACGAACGCGUGGGGCCUCACUUAGGUAACAAGAUCACCCUGCUGCAGGAGACUUUGGCGUCUCACCGUGCGGCCUUUCUGCUGAACCGCGACAACCUGGACGUACAAUUCAAUACUGGACAGGUUCUCAGCUCAUUAGCAGAAGCACUGUUGGAAGAUGAGGCCGAAGCUGAGGGGAAAGCAUCUGCUCGCGUGUUGCUCGAAGAGGCCGCGGAUCUUUUCGCCAAUGUCCUUGCCGCACAGCAGCGUGAGUAUGAGCAGAUGGCUUUGCAGUGGAAGAACAUGCAGAACGAACAAGGCGACGCUUCUCUUGAUGAUGGAGGUGUGAGGUUAGACGUUGGCACCGGAACGGGCAAGCAAAUGGAUGCCGAUGCUGCGUCAGAAGGUUCUUCUGCCGCUGGGGAAUGGGCCACCGUCGAGGAGGCUCUGUCCCCAGAGGUCAUUCUAGAAACUUGCACUGCUCAGCUUGGUGCUUUGACGACACUGUUGGGCGUGUACGACAGCACUGAGCUGUCAAACCUCGAAAAACGAGUUCAAGAGGGACUUUCUACAGUGAGGUCCAGUAUCUCGACCCUUAUCUCGCUGGUAGACAACGCACCACGGCCUCUAACCGAAGACGAAGCCGCCGGUCCUACUCUGUCCAUAUCAUCCCCUAGCGCCAAAACGGAGCACGCCUUAACCCCUAAAGACGAUGCCCUCCUUGCCGCCGCUAUAUUCCAAGUCGCCGUCGCCGACGCAUCUUACCGCAGCGGAAACAUUACAGCACCACAAUAUGCCAGCACAGUCUCCCACUUAUUUGCCACCUUGAUGCUGGGCCCCCAGUCUCCGGAGCAGCAAGUGGCAAAGCAAUCCGCUUACGCCGACGCGCUGGUGAACGUGGCUGAAGCAUCGUCAGCUGCCGCGUCUGACAUGGAGACUCAGUGGAAUGCAUUAUCCGAAGCACAAAAGACCCUGACGCAACUGGCCAAGCCUCCGCAUAAUGCUCUCCUCUCUCCAUCUCGCCUCGCAGACAUAUUCGACACACGAGCGGACAUAGACCUCACCCGCUUCGGCCUCUCGUUCCGGGACGAUGCCAAGACCGCGUGGAUUUCGAGUAGAAACGUGCUGGUCUCUAAUGCAGGAGUUUUCUACCGUGGGGCGAAGAGUUACGGUGAAAGAGCGGGAGAUGUAGAGCAAGCGAAGACUGCCGGUGCCAAGGCGGUCGUCGCUGAGGUGCUGAAGCAGGUUCUUGAGCAAGGGGGUGGUGCCGUUGCUGUUAAGCCCGGCUGGAAGGAACAGCAAGGAGGAGUGAGGGAGGUGCUGGAACAGAUGGUCAACGAAAGGAUAUUAGGUCAACGCGAGGGUGAAGAAGUGCUGAGAAUAGUGUCUCAAGAGGCAUGGAGUCGGACCACGGAGCUGAAUUGUUAGGGUGGUGUAGAACUGGACGAGCGGAUAGUACACUACUGUAGAU